UGAGGGAAGCGGCAGGAACGUGCGCUGCGAUUGGCGGAGGUGUCCGGGGUGGUUGCCAGCCUGGGAUAAGAUGGCGGCCUUGGACAGGGUCAAGGUGCUGGUGUUGGGCGACUCCGGUGUCGGGAAGUCUUCGCUUGUUCACCUCUUAUGCCACAACCAAGUGUUGGGAAACCCAUCCUGGACGGUGGGCUGCUCGGUGGAUGUUCGAAUCCAUGACUACAAAGAGGGGACUCCAGAAGAGAAGACCUACUACAUUGAGCUGUGGGAUGUUGGAGGUUCUGUGGGUAGUGCCACUAGUGUGAAAAGCACACGAGCAGUAUUUUAUAAUUUGCUGAAUGGGAUAAUAUUAGUGCAUGACUUAACCAAUAAGAAAUCAUCCCAGAAUUUGUAUCGCUGGUCUUUGGAAGCACUCAACAGAGAUAUCGCUCCAACAGGAGUUCUCGUGACAAAUGGGGACUAUGACCGUGAACAGUUUGCUGAUAACCAGAUUCCACUGCUGGUAAUAGGAACUAAGCUGGAUCAGAUCCCAGAAACUAAACGGAAUGAAGUUUUGACCAGAACAGCUUUUUUGGCUGAGGAUUUCAACGCUGAAGAGAUUAAUUUGGAUUGCACCAAUCCUCGUUACCUGGCUGCAGGUUCAUCCAAUGCUGUCAAACUAAGCAGGUUUUUUGAUAAGGUCAUAGAGAAGAGAUACUUCUUAAGAGAUGGCAAUCAGAUUCCUGGCUUCUCUGAAAGGAAAAGAUUUGGAGGAGGAACACUGAAGAGCCUUCAUUAUGACUGAACACUUAAGAAGUGGAGGGUGACCUCUCAGAGUUCCUAACAACAUUCCUAUUCCGACUGGAUGCUUAAAGACAAUAAUGCUUAUAUCAAGCAGAAUAAAAUGAUAUAGGCUGCUGAAGCUACUUUUGCUGGAAAAGACUUAAGGAAAAAUUCCCAAAACUUUCUAAUCAGAAACCUAGAGUGUUUCUUAGGAUUGCAGGCCUUGUGGAUAUAUGGGAACAUUUGGGGAAAGCGUGCAAUAAAUUGAAUGCCUCUCACACUGCUGUGGGAAACUUUAUCAUACACA